UCCCCCCCUUUAUUUCGGACAUCAAAAGCUAUCACAAUUUUCUCUUAUUGCUAAAGCUCUCUAAUUUCUCCCUUAAUUCUUAUUAUUUGUUAGUGUUUUUUGUUUUGCUGUUCUAUUAGUAGUAACAUUUUCUGUUUUUUUUAUUCAAGGAAGUUUCCAUCUAUGGCAGAAUCAAAGGAUUGCCAUGUCAUCGUCGAGAUCCCUGUCGACGAAGAGCACCGACAGAAACUUUCUUCAGCUAUCACUACUAUAACUGCAAUUCAAAACCACCCAUUAAUGGAAAUCUCAAAAAGUCCAGGUCAUCUCUUGCUUCUCAAGCUUUGGCAAAGAGAAGAGGAUCUCUCCGGCCGAAGGAUUGCGGCCAGAGAGACGCGAAUGGACACCAUUCGUAGAGAGAUAUUUCAGAUUUGCUGUUUCUUCUUUAUCUUUCACGCACUGUUCUUUACGAUUCUGUUUACAUCUGUUUCGGAGGAUCAUAACGAUGGCAAUGUUGUGUGUAGGAAAUGGUGGAUUCCUUCGGUUUUGUCUGUUUGUACUUCGUUUUGUGUUGUGUUUUUGGUGCAGGUGAAACUUUACAGGUUCUGGAAGGUGUCGAGGCAGUUGCAGAGGGAGAGGGGGGAUGGUAGAGCAGUGACAAGGUGUAUAUCGGAGUUGAGGAUGAAAGGGGCGAGUUUUGAUCUGUCGAAAGAGCCGUUGAUUGGGAAGAAGAUGAAGAGCUCCAGUGUGGAGAUCAAAUGGAAGCCAUUGACAUGGUUAUCUCAGUAUGUUGUAACUAUUUGUCUUGUUUGUUUUACAGGUUUGGUCUUCCCUGCUUCCAGGCUCAUCCUCUGUGCUUGAUGUUCUUCAGUAUCUGUUCAUACACAAAUUGCAGACAUCCAAAUUGUGGUAUCCGACAACGAAAAAAAGGGGAAUAUAUUGAGCAUACUCCCCAUUUCCCAGUCCAAACUAUGAAAUUAGAGCUGAGUGGCUUGAAAAGGAACC